AUGAAACGUCGCUACCAAACCUUCCGUUUUUAAGAUUUACUAAGGAAAAUCAUAUUUCUGAAGAUAUCAUCAUAUCAUUAUGUAGUAAUUCUAUACUUGCACAAACAUAAUCUCUGUCCAUUCUCCAUUUUCAUUUUCCAUUCAAAAUUUCAUUCACAACUACAACGAGAAACAUGCAGCGAAAUUUCGGCGUCAAGAAGCAGAAAGAGCCUCCUCCUCCUGUUCAAGUUUCUUCUGCGAGGGCUGUUGACUUAAUCCAAGAAGUCAAAGAGUUACAAAGGUUUAACUCUCAGGAGCUUAGUAAGUUGUUAAAAGACUCUGAUAAUUUCACACUCCAUAUUACAACAAAUGGUAUAUCAAUGCAGAUUGACAUGGACAAAUUGGUACGAUUCCUUCCGUUGCACCUUAAUGCUGUGCUUUUGUCCUCACAAAGAGAUGAAGCCUCACUAAGACAUCUGUUAUCUGGACUCCGUCUUUUAAAUACUUUAUGUGAAAUAGCUUCUCGUCACCCUAAGCUUGAACAGAUUUUGCUUGACGAUGUGAAAAUGUCAGAGCAGCUGCUGGAUUUGGUGUUUUAUUCACUUAUUGUCAGCUGUAAACAGGAGUACAGUUCAUCUGGUGCUAUGCCCCUUCUUUAUUCGGCAGUUGUAGCUUGCAGUAUGUAUCUUCUGACCACUUGCAUUUCGUCACAGUGGAAUGAACUUUCCUAUAUUCUCCUUGCACACCCUAAGGUGGACAUCUUUGUUGAUGCAGCCUUUGGAGCUGUCCGCAAGAAUAUCAACUUCCUUCAGAUCAAGUUGUCAACAGAUGAAAAUCAAUUUAAUUCAAAUCUUAGUCAGAGUGCUGAUAAAAUAGUUAACUUCUAUUGCCUGCAAUGUGAGGCAUCUUUGCAGUUUCUCCAGUCGUUGUGUCAAAAUAAAUCAUUUCGAGAACGACUUCUGAGGAAUAAGGAACUUUGUGGAAAAGGAGGAGUCCUUCAUCUUGUUCAAGCCACGUUGAAAUUGAAUAUCUUGCCAUUGUUGGACUCUAUUUCAGUGGUAGCUGCUAUUUCUAGGCUAAAAGCUAGAGUCUUGUCCAUUCUAUUACAUCUCUGUGAAGCUGAAAGUGUUUCUUAUCUGGACGAGGUGGCCAGCGUACCUGAAAGUCUGGAUUUGGCAAAGUCUGUUGCUGUUGAGGUUAUUACAUUAUUGAAGACCAUGCUCAGCAGAGAUUCUAAACUGUUGGAGUGCCACUCGGGCAAAGCAUACCCAAGGGGACCAUUACAGCUCAAUGCAUUACGCCUGGCAGAUAUCUUCUCUGAUGAUUCAAAUUUUAGAUCCUACAUUACAACAUACUUUGCUGAAGUGCUGGCAGCAAUCGUGUCAAACCCUUACCAACAGUUUUUGUCUAGUUGGUGCUCAUCUGAAUUACCUCUGAAGGAAGAAGAUGCUUUAUUGGAAUAUGAACCAUAUACAAUGGCUGGUUUGAUUUUGGAUUUAAGUUCGACAUUGGAUACAACCAAUGCAAAAAUAUAUGAACCCAACAUUAUUCCAAUCAACAAUGCCCAAACUUCUUAUGCCCAUCAACGAACUUCUCUAUUGGUUAAAGUGAUUGCCAAUCUUCAUUGUUUUGUGCCGAAGAUUUGCAAAGAACAAGAGAGAAAUUUUUUUCUUCACAAGUUUCUUGAACGAUUAAAAUUUGAUUGGCAAGACCCGCAGGCUGGAUAUUCAUUCUGUUCUGAAACUCAAAAAGCUGCUAUUAUCUGCAAGAAUCUUCGUUCUUUGUUGGGUCAUGCAGAAUCCUUGAUUCCUACUUUUCUUAAGGAGGAAGAUGUGCAGCUUUUGAGGCUUUUCUUUACCCAAUUACAGUCGCUCAUUGGUCCAAUUGAUUAUGAAGUAAAUCGAGCACUGGAACUACAAAGUGCAAGAGACUGUUCUCUACAUCGAAAUGUGGAUCUUGAUUAUAAGACGAGACACCCUAAUCUGAGAGAAGUUACGUCGGAAAAUUCAGCUGUCCCUGGGGUGGACACUCCUUGCACUAAAGCUGAGACUACAGCUGAAGUUGAUGGUGCAGGGUACGAGCAGAAGACAUUUGGAAAUAAGUCUAUGAGACCUUUGGCUGACGGUUUAGCAGAGACACAGAGGGAGGCUCAAAAUGCAGAGACAAGUGGUGAUUCAAGUUCCACAACUGGAAAGAAGCCCUCUGGUCAAGUUGCUAAUGGGGAAAUUUCUAAAUCAAAUGGAAAUUUUCGAAAAGCUGUUGGACGUAUUCAGGAUGAUGAAAAGGUGGUAAGGAAACGUAAGCGCUCUAUAAUGAACGAUAAACAAAUAUCGAUAAUUGAAAGGGCACUGCAGGAUGAACCUGAUAUGCACAAGAGCACAACUUCUUUACAAUCAUGGGCUAACAAAUUGAGUAUCCAUGGUUCUGAAGUGACACAUAUGCAGCUGAAAAAUUGGUUGAAUAAUAGGAAAGCGAAGCUUGCACGAGCUGCCAAAGAUGGCCGCCCGACAUCUGAGGAGAAUACUAAAGCUGACAAGCAAGUCACCCCUCUCAGACGAACAAUUUCUGAUUCUCCAGAAAGCUACAAUGCGGACUUUCCUGUUUCCUCCAUGGCCAAUAACCACUGCCAGGGAUCUGCAAAUGGGAGAACUGUUGGAGGGAUAAUUAUGACCCAAAAUCUUGUGGGUUUACACCCUGAAUCUUCGAGUAGAUUAAAUAUGCCAAAUGAAUGUCCUACUUCAAACGUGAGUUGUAUGAACUUUGCGGCAGGUCAGGAUGUUGUACUUACAGAUACCCAAGGGAAAGAAAUAGCCAAAGGAACUGUGUUUCAGGUGGAAGGUGAAUGGCAAAGUUGCAGUCUGGCUGAUACUCGAACUUGUGUUGUAGAUAUUACAGAACUUAAGUCUGAGAGGCUUGUGAGCCUUCCGAAUGCAUCAGUUGAAGCAGGAGCCACAUUUGAACAGGCUGGCGUAAAGAUUGGUAACAUGAGAGUGCUGUGGGAUUCUUGUCGGAUGCUCAAGCGAUAACGGUAUGAACUUCUGUUCCUUCAGUAAGCAAAUGAUUUCUAGAAAACUCUUAAUCAAGAAAACUGGCAAUGCUGAGCAGAAAGAAAUCUUGGAUGAAAAAUUUGGUAGCGUAAUGGUAGAGUUGUCUCCCCUCCGGCCUCCUUUCCCUGGACGCCUCUUUUUUGAGUACAGUGCCAUUUCUUGUAUAGCAUCUUUUUAACAUUUGGCUGUUAAUAUGCAAGAAUAACAUUGUAUGCCACCUUCCUUAUCAGCAAUUCGGCGAGUAACGCAUGCUUACCAAGAGCCAAGGCCAAGGUCCCGAUGAUAAUGAAAAUAUGCAUGGUUUUUUCUUUAUUUAAAACAUUGUGCUCGGAGGUGAAAGAACGGGAUAGACUGAUAAAUUUGUUCUGUGUAUAUGGCUUGUGAGGAGAAGAAAUGGAACGGUGCAAGUAACUUGCUACUUUUUUGGAGUAUAUAUGGGUAAAAGGUGAGCUUGCAUUAAUCUUCAAAAGUGAUUUAUGUAAAGAAAGGAAAAUGAAUCUUUCAAAUUUAUAAUUAAUGUAGUAUUUAAACUACAGUAAUUGGAAUUUUCAUUAUUAUUCUAUAUAUCAUCCCCUCACAAAAUUUUCCUAUCCAACAAAUUGUUGAAGUUGGAAAA